AUGCCUUCGCUCCUUUCUGCAUCUGGUCUUGGCCGUCGCAGUCGAUCCGUCGCUUCCAGCUCGCACGAGCACACCGACUCAAGCGCCUCUUCGUGCCGUCGAUCCAGCUCCUCCAAGAGUCGCAAGGCGUCCCAAUCCAAUUCUCAGCUUGACGACUGGAGCGACGGCUUCACAGGCAUCGUCGACCUCGAUCGAAGAAUGCGAGAGCUCGCCAUGUCCGAGCAAGGCCGCUCGCCGUUCGGAGAGGACGACGCCUCACUUCUUUACGAACCAUACUCGCCGCCGGAGCAGAAUCAUUUCCAGUCUCGAAGGAACAGCUCGGCUGAUACGAGGCAGAGCAACGCGUCGCACUCAUCUCUGGCGACAGGACGCAGCUAUCCUAGUCCAGAACUCAACGCGCCUUCGUGUAGUUCCACGACCGCCACCUCUCGUUUCUCCCACGACUCGCACACCCACUCUUCUCUGCUGUCCAAGCGAAGGUCCAGCACAGCCAACACUGGCAUUUCGUCCGACUGCGCACUCGGUCCUCUACGCCUGGCGCCCCUGCCCGCCUCAGCCUCGGUCUUUGGCAACUACCGUCUGACGAACGCCGAUACUUCGCCGCUGCCCAGGUCCGCCAGGCCGUCCAGCAGCUGGUCGAGCGUCGAAGAAGCAGACUUCCUGACACCACUCGCCGGCGCCACUCGACAGCUCGAGCCCCUUACGCCAGGCACAGCAGCAGCGGCGACGUGGACCGACCCCACCGCACCGAGCUACUUCCCCGCUGGUCUGAGCGCAGACAGCAGCAGCAAGAAGGCGCCCCGGUCUUUGCGCAGAAAAGCAGCUCGUGCGCCUCUUCCUCGACUGGUCUCAGGCGAAGUGGUGUCGUCACCCGUCGCUGAGCCCGCCGAUUCCCGCUUCUGCGUCUCGCCAAAGGAGACGCGUUUGACGAACAAGGACGUCGGUUCACCGCGCACUCUCGUGACCACCACGACGGUCGACCGCAAGGACACCGCUGCGGCUGCGAGCCAACACUCCUUCCGCAAAUCCGCCCAGUCACUAGCACUCAGUCUGAGGUUCAAGAUCAUCCGCGCCAAACGACGGGUCAACCGCACAGGUACAGGUGCAGCCGACAUCUUCGCUCCGCCCCACAGCUCACCCGGAAGAACCUCCCUCGAGACAUCCUUCCCCCCUUGA